AAAAAAAUCGAGAAGCCACGCUUGGACUGAACAAACGCCGCAAUGGCCCCCUUCUGCAACCACCACACUCAUCUUACUUAUUCUUUCCACCCACCAUUUCCAAACCCUAACCCUCACCUUACUUCCUCACAGAUACGCUUCUCAGUCCUUUCCAGAGCUCAUUUUCCUUAUAGGAAGCGGCUCUCUACUGACACUGUACACCAACAGCGGCAUGGGAAAAGAAAAGGAUAUAUCUUUGCUCAGAACUUUAAUGAAUUUGCUAGAGAUGGAGGAACUACUGAGACUUCUCAACCUCCAUUAUCCUCAGAUACAGAUACAUUUAGGAGCAGGAAAGGUAAUGUCGAGGACGGUUAUGUUGGUUUAUUUAUUCGGAUGCUUGGGAUGGACAAUGAUCCUCUAGAUAGAGAACAGGCCAUUAAUGCUUUGUGGAGAUAUUCACAAGGGGGAAAGGAGAGCAUUGAUGAGAUUGUGAAAUUCCCUGGUUGCGUUAACCUCACGAUUAUCCUUCUGAAAUCUGAUCAUGGCUCUGUGAGUGAAGCAGCAGCAGGACUUUUAAGAACCAUAUCUUCUGUCAAUAUAUACAGAGCUUCAGUUGCAGAAGCAGGAGCAAUAGAAGAAAUAAAUGGUCUCCUUAGUAGGCCCAAUCUUCCUGGAGAGGUUAAGGAACAAUGUGUAUGCACUUUAUGGAAUUUAUCUGUUGAUGAGAAGAUCAGGGUGAAGAUGGCAAAAGUUGAUUUUCUUCUUCCAAAACUUGUUAGGUUUCUUGGUGACGAGGAUAUCAAAGUUAGGGAGGCAGCAGGAGGUGUAUUAGCAAAUCUAGCCCUAAGUCCAUCUAGUCAUGAAAUUAUGGUAGAGGCUGGUGUCAUUCCCAAGCUGGCAGAGAUCUUAAAAAACAAAGAAGAAGAAUCAAAGACCAUUAAAAAGGAAGCAAGGAAUGUAUUGCUGGAACUGGCUAACGAUGAAUACUACAGAAUACUUAUUGUAGAAGAAGGAUUUGUCCUUGUCCCAAUUGUUGGGGCAGAUGCCUAUAAGUCCUUUAGUUCUCCUUCUCAUUCUUGGCCUACUUUACCAGAUGGAACCGAGAUCAAAAGGGAUCCUUCAACCCCUUCCAAAUAUGGUGCGGGGGAACUUUUAUUGGGUCUCAAUAUUAAAGAUAAAAACAUCAAUUUAGAAGAAGGAAAGGUGGAUGCUAUAGUGGGGCGGUCCCAGCAGCAAUUCCUUGCACGAAUUGGUGCUAUAGAAAUGGAAGAGGGAAUAAAACUUGAUCCUGGAGCAGCUCCACAUCCGCGAUUCACUCUUUUGCCAUGGAGGGAUGGGGUUGCUCGCUUGGUUUUGAUACUUGGGCUUGAAGAUGUGUCAGUUAUCGAAAAAGCUGCACACUCAAUUGCUGUUUCUUGUAUCAAUGAGCACAUUAGGCUUUUGUUCAAAGAAGCAGGAGCAAUAAAACGCUUGGUAUGCUUGCUAGCUCAUGAUAAUGAUGCUGUUAGAUUUGCUUCAGCUCAUGCAUUGGAUAGGCUCUCUAUCAGUUAUAAUGUUUCCCGGAUAAUUGAAUCACAUGGUGUUGUGGAUCCUCUGUUGGAUAUUUUAAAGGACGUAAAUACAUCGCAAAGUCUUAUUGAGAAGGCUAUGAGCAUACUCUCUUGGAUUUCCAAUCCUGAUGAAGAAAUGAUGAAUACAAUUCAAGGUUCUCUGGACCAAAGUUCUGAGUUCAUAGCUGGACUAGAAGGAGCUUUAAGUGAACCAUCAGAAUUGAAAGAAACCACCACUAGGGAAAAGAUUUUAAAAUCUGGUGUUAUUCCUCACAUUAUUGAAACUAUGAAGUCAUCAACUCCAGCCUUGCAACAGAAAGCUGCUUGUAUUCUUGAGAACAUAGCAAUUAAUGAACAUUAUGCAACUGCAAUCACUGGAGAGGGAGUUGCUUCUGGGCUGGAACAUUGUUUUCGACUAAAAUGCAAAGAUGAAAAUGAAGAGAAUGAAGUGAUUCAGCGAGAGUUGGAUGCCAUAGAAGCCGAAGAAGUUGGGCUGGCUGUUAGUGCAGCCUCACGACUUUUGACAAGGUUAUUGGCCUUUGAAGAAUGCUGCCAAGCCAUCGAUUCCACACACUUCUUUCACAUUCUUUGUCGAGUACUCAAAUCUAACAUCCCUCUUCGCGCAAAAGACUGGGUUGCAGCAUGUCUUAUAAAGCUUGAAACAUUGGCUGGGCCCAGUGGGAAUCUCGAUUGCCCCAUUGACAUGGAGGUCACCCUUCACGAGACGAUCCCUAGAUUAGUUGAAGAGAUGAGGAGUUCUUUCUCCUCGGAACUGCAAGAGGCGGCUGUGGUGGAACUCAACCAGAUAAUCUCUCGAGGAGUGGCAGACUAUGCAAGGCAGGUUGCUGCUCGUGGGGGUAUAUUCCCAUUGGUCAAGCUAAUUGAUCAAGGUAGUGAGAGGGCUCGAAAUGCUGGCUUGGCCAUCUUGUAUAACUUGAGCAUGGACAGUGAGAACCAUGCUGCCAUAAUGGCUGCUGGGUCAGUUCCGGUACUGCGAAGGAUAGUUUUAUCAGAGAGGCCUCAAUGGACUCGAGCACUCCAUUUACUGCAGACCUUACCUACUUAAUGGGCUCUUCUUUGGUCAUUUUCAGACAUCACAUGGGUUUUUGACGAUUCAAUACGAGAAACAUGCGUACAUGAGCAAGAUUGUAUCGUUGUAAAUUGAAGAUUCGUUUGUAAUGAUAAUUAUACAAGAGGAAAGAAUGGGCAAAUAGAGAAGCAUUUUGUAAGGA